CCUGGUGCUGGGCGCCGCGCCGGAGACAAUAGCGGCCGGCAGCACGCAUGCUCCCGCCCCCGGCCCCCCCGGCCCGCCGCCCUUAACCCCUGCACCGCCGCCGCCCAGCGCUGCGCUUGCCGGCGCCCCGGGACGCGGAGCCGCUACCGCACCGACGAGCGGGCGCUGCCCCGCGGAACACAACUCUGGACCCACGCCACGCACACAUCUUGCUCUGUAGCGGGGCUGCGACCACCCUCCGGCCUCUGCGGCCAGAGCCGCUCCGGAGAGGCCGGGCCCGCACGGGGACCCUCCCUCGGGCCGUGGGACCCCCACCGGCUCCACGGGACUCGCUGCCCCCGUUCACCGGGCCGGGGGCGGGUGGGGGGUGGGGAACGGCAGGACUACAUCUCCCAGCAGUCCCCGCACGGCGCUCCAUAGUGUGCAGGCGCGGCGCAGGCUCCGCCGAGGCGGCCCAAGAUGGCGGCGCGCUGGAGCAGCGAGAAUGUGGUGGUGGAGUUCCGAGACGCCCAGGCGACGGCGAUGUCAGUGGAUUGCCUGGGACAGCGUGCAGUUCUCUCGGGCCGCCGUUUCCUCUACAUUGUCAAUCUGGAUGCACCCAACGAGGGUCACCGGAAAAUCUCCCGGCAGAGCAAGUGGGACAUCGGCGCGGUGCAGUGGAACCCCCACGACAGCUACGCCUACUACUUUGCAGCUUCUAGCAAUCAGCGUGUUGACCUGUAUAAGUGGAAGGAAGGAAAUGGGGAAGUUUGCACAUCUCUGCAAGGACACACACGUGUGAUCAGUGACCUGGACUGGGCAGUGUUUGAGCCAGACCUACUGGUCACCAGUUCUGUAGACACAUACAUCUACAUCUGGGACAUCAAAGACACCAGGAAGCCCACGGUCUCACUCUCUGCAGUUGCUGGAGCUUCCCAGGUGAAAUGGAACAAGAAAAAUGCCAACUGUUUAGCAACAAGCCAUGAUGGAGAUGUCCGAAUAUGGGACAAAAGGAAACCCAGCACUGCAGUGGAGUAUUUGGCAGCUCAUCUCUCUAAAAUCCACGGUCUGGACUGGCAUCCUGACAAUGAGUAUACACUGGCCACUUCCAGCCAGGACAACUCUGUCAGGUUCUGGGAUUACCGUCAGCCUCGGAAAUACCUCAAUAUCCUUCCCUGCCAGGUUCCCGUCUGGAAGGCAAGAUACACGCCUUUCAGCAAUGGACUGGUGACAGUGAUGGUCCCCCAGCUCCGUCGGGAAAACAGUCUCCUCCUCUGGAAUGUCUUUGACCUGAACACGCCUGUCCACACUUUCGUAGGACAUGAUGAUGUGGUGCUGGAGUUCCAGUGGAGGAAGCAGAAAGAAGGCUCUAAAGAUUACCAGCUGGUGACGUGGUCCCGGGACCAGACCCUGCGCAUGUGGCGGAUUGACUCUCAGCUGCAGAGGCUGUGUGCUAAUGAUAUCCUGGAUGGAGUUGAGGACCUCAUUGAUGGGAUUUCUCAUCUGCCAGAGCCAGACAAGACCCUUCACCCCCAGGACACGGAGCCCCAGCACAACUCUGGGCAUGGGGAUGAGGAAGCCUUAAAAGAAGAUUUCCUGAAUGAUCCCCUGGUGGGAAAGAAAACAGACCAACUGGGGCUGCCUCAAACACUGCAGCAGGAGUUUUCACUGAUCAAUGUGCAGAUCCGAAAUGUCAAUGUGGAGAUGGAUGCAGUGAGUCGCAGCUGUACGGUGUCGGUGCACUGCGGCAACCACAGAGUCAGGAUGCUGGUGAUGUUCCCUGUCCAGUAUCCCAAUAAUGCUGCACCAUCCUUCCAGUUCAUCAACCCAACCUCCAUCACAGCUUCCAUGAAGGCAAAGCUGCUGAAGAUACUGAAAGACACCUCCCUGCAGAAAGUGAAGCGGAACCAGAGCUGCCUGGAGCCUUGCCUGCGUCAGCUGGUCUCCUGGCUGGAGUCUGUUGUGAACCAAGAGGACAGCACGUCCAGCAAUCCCUACGCUCUGUCCAACUCCGUGACGCCCCCCUUGCCCACGUUUGCCCGGGUCUCCAAUGCCUAUGGCUCCUACCAGGACUCAAACAUCCCAUUCCCACGCACCUCUGGAGCCAGGUUCUGUGGUGCAGGGUACCUGGUGUAUUUCACGAGACCCAUGACCAUGCACCGCGCCGUGUCCCCAAUGGAGCCCACACCCAGGUCUCUGUCAGCUUUAUCAGCCUACCACAGUGGCCUCAUUACUCCAAUGAAGAUCCGCACGGAGACUCCAGGCAACCUGCGCUUGUACAGUGGGAGCCCAACACGCAGUGAGAAGGAGCAAGUCUCCAUCAGCUCCUUCUACUACAAAGAAAGGAUGUCUCCUCGCUCUGCCCGGCGCCGUUGGUCCAUACAAGCAAUUAACGACUUCCCGAAAUCAAGGAGGUGGAAAAGCAAACGAGAGGGGACAGAUGCCAACAACCGACCCAUCAAAGCUGCUGGGAAAGUUAUCAUCCAAGAUAUUUCUUGUUUGCUGCCUGUCCACAAGCUGCUGGGAGAGCUCUACAUACUGAAUGUGAAUAACAUCCAGGAGACUUGCCAGAAGAAUGCAGCCUCAGCCUUGGCCGUGGGCCGGAGGGAUCUCGUGCAGGUUUGGUCACUGGCCAUGGUAGCCACUGAUCUCUGUCUUGGACCGAAGUCUGACCCGGAUUUAGAGAUACCUUGGGCACAACAUCCAUUUGGACGUCAAUUACUGGAGUCCUUGCUGGCUCAUUACUCACAGCUCCACGAUGUCCAGACCCUGGCCAUGCUCUGCAGUGUGUUUGAAGCCCAGUCCAGGCUCCAGGGAUGCCCCAACUCUUGUGUCCCCUUUCCUCAGCGUGCCUCCAACCUGGCCUCCCACAGCCGAUACCCCAGCUUUACUUCCUCUGGCUCCUGUUCCAGCAUGUCAGAUCCUGGGAUUGGCACUGGAGGCUGGAGCAUAGCAAACAAAGACACAGAGCAGACCUCCACUCCCUGGUGCGAGUCUUCUCCGGAUGACUUCCGCUAUGGAAACCUAACGUAUCCUGAUCCUCGGGAGAGGGAGAAGGACCAGCAUGAGAAAAACAAAAGGCUGCUGGAUCCUGCCAACACUCAGCAAUUUGAUGACUUUAAGAAGUGCUAUGGAGAAAUCCUUUAUCGCUGGGGCCUGCGAGAGAAGCGGGCUGAGGUUCUGAAGUUUGUCUCGUGUCCUCCUGAUCCUCACAAGGGAAUUGAGUUUGGCGUGUACUGCAGCCACUGCCGCAGCGAGGUGCGCGGCACCCAGUGCGCCGUCUGCAAGGGCUUCACCUUCCAGUGCGCCAUCUGCCACGUGGCCGUGCGCGGCUCCUCCAACUUCUGCCUCACCUGCGGCCACGGCGGCCACACCAGCCACAUGAUGGAGUGGUUCCGCACCCAGGAGGUCUGUCCCACGGGCUGUGGGUGCCACUGCCUGCUCGAGAGCACCUUCUGAGCACUGGGGACAGCGGGCACUGAUUGAAUAUUUAAUUCCCAAGCCAUGCUGAGUCAGCUCUGCUCUGCUCCGCUCUGUCUGGAGGAGGUCGCCGCAAGGAGCUGGAGCAGGACGUCCUGGCGGUGUGCUGUGGUGAUGUUUACAAGUGCUUCCAUUACUCCUAUGCUUCCCAGGUUGCUUUCUGACCAAUUUGACCAAAUUCCCUGUGUCCAUUGCUGGCAAUGGAUGCCAGACCAGAAAAAUUGCUCUCUCCUGCAGAAGGGUGUAUGAAUAUUCCUUAGUUUGGGAUGAAGAGGUUUUUGAAAGCUCCCCUGGAAGGGGCCCACCUGGCAGAGCCAAACUCACUUCAGCAAUGUAGAGUCUUUUCCAGGUACCUCCUUACAUGGGCUCAAACUGAGCAAAACAAUUGUUUUACACAAAGCAGAAAUAAUUCUCAAGCAGCAGUAACCUCUGAAGGUGAGUUGUAAGUGGCGCUUGAAGAGGAAAUAGUCCAUGGAACUGUGCUCAGAGUUUCCCUGGAAGCAGCAGGGUCCUUACUUUGAAUGGCUGUUUACAUCGUUUAGAUUUCCCCACAAAGCAAGGAAAGGAAAUGGCAUUUUUCAGGAUUACAUCUUAAAUAAUUUCUGCUCACUAGUCGGUACCUGUGAAAAGCCCAGAUAAGCACCCAAGGUCCCUGGGAUUAGUUGCUUCCAGCAGUUUUAGUACUGUUAGGCUUUAAAGUGUCUCCAUCUCCUGCUCUGACCAGGUGAUAAAAUGCACUUUAAUUUGUCCCUGUCUUAGUGGUGAUACUUCCUGGUCACUGGGAAAGGCAUCUGCGUUUUGAGUUUGGGAUCCACACUGUCUUUAGAUGUGGUGUUUUAGAAAGCCUUUGCUCCUUCACUGAGAGCACACAAAGAGGACACUUACUCAAUACAGCUCCUUUUGGCUGUUUCCAAGCUCUAUGGGGAAAAUUAGAGUUAAUUUGAGAUUUGCUGCUGCUGGAGUGAUGAGGCUCUUCAACAGGGAGGCAGCAGUUUCUAGGGAAAAAGGGGGUUUGGAAGAAUGGUGGAAUCCAUGGAGGCAAUAGGUUUAACUGUGGAGCAUAACUGGGGAAUGUACUGAUGGAUCUGUCUGUUUGGGGCUGUGCCUGCAAGCUACUCCCAGUGCAGGGAUGCUGCUGUGCAGUGUGUGCACACCUGGAAUGUGCAGCCUGUGCCUCUCCAGGGCUGGCUUCAGCCUGAGCUUUGGAUUUGGGUUAAUGUGUGCCAGGGAUGAGCCAGCUGGAGCUACCCCUACCUGUACUGGCACGGAUCCCUUCUCCCACGCUUGCCUGCUGAGUGGGGCCACGUGCCAUUGCCCUUCCCAACCCCUGUGCUAGCUCAGGCAGUGGGAUCCUGCUGUGGAAAAAACAGAUGAUGUAUCUUAACCAAUUAAAACAUUAAAAUUAUUUUUUUAA